AUGGAUAUGGAAUCGCUCCCCACCGGAAUAGGCUCGCCGGCCAACCGCCGCCGUCGAGCUCGCGUGGAGGAUCCCGUUGCUAAGCAUGGCCCGUUUUUUUUCGUCCCUGCCGGAGGUCGCCGCGGCCGAAACGGUGAUGAGCGGCGCCGCCGCGCUGUGGAGCUCCGCCGCCCGCUGCCCCGCCCGUGCCGAGCCCCUCCCCGCACCGCCCGCCACGGCCGAGCCCCUCCCCGCACCGCCCGCCACGGCCGCGCCACGCGACGCCCGCCACGGCCGAGCCCCGCGCCGCCGUCGCCCCGCCCCACCACGGCCGCGCCCCGCGCCGCCCUCGCCCGCCCGAGCCGAGCCCCACGACGCCCGCCCGGUGCCUCGCCUCGCCGCCCUCGCCGCGUGCCGCCCCGUCCCUCGCAAGGCCGCACCGCCGAGCGCCGCCCCACCACGCCCCGCGCCCUCGCCUCGCGCGCCUAG